AUUUAUGUUUGUUUUUAUUUCGAUUUCUGUGCAGGACUCUCUCUCUCAGAAUGGCUGCGGAAUUCCAGGCUCGUUAUGGAAUUCCUGGGUGUGUCAGUGACUCUCCGGGUCAGAAUGCAGACCUUCCAGGGCCUGAGGGAUCCGAGUCUCCUGCAGGUGCUGCGGGAUGUCACCUGUCUUCAGCCUCACCUGUUCACAGCUCCACCCUGGUGGUGCCCGUGGGCCACAACGUCUUUCUGCUCUGCAACGUGACGCCCAGCGAUGAGAUCACCUGGUACCUGCUGCGCUCAGAGCAGCUGCUGCCUCUGUUAACUGUUAAAAAGGGGAAGUUUGUUGACACCACUGACAAUCACACAAACAACCAUCGGAUGAACUGUAACGGGACGCUGCAGACCGGCCUGGUCAGCCUGGAGAUCCAGGAGGUGGAGGAGGAGGAUGCUGGGCUGUACUUCUGCAUCGGGAGGUUUGCAGCUAAGAUGCACGUUAACAGAGGAAUUCAGCUGACUGUGGACGGAGGUGCCGGGCGGUCGUCCACAGACCGGAUGAGGCAGCCGUGUUUGAGUCUGGGGCUCUGCCUUCUCCCGGCGCUGCUCGCCCUCUGCUUCGUCUGCGUGGCUGGAUGCUACCUGUGGUCAGGUAAACCUGUUUGCUCCUGCUGUAACCCACGGAGACGGGACGCCGAUCACCGGGUCACAGAGGAAGAGUCUUUGCAUUAUUCCAGCCUGAAGCAUCCAGACAAGCCCCGCCCCACCACCAGGAGAGGAACCGGAUUGGCUGAAGAGAAGGUCCUGUACUCAACAGUGAACACGUGCAAGAACUCAAAGGCAUCACAUCACCACAGAUAGAAGCACUUUAAAUGAGCGUAAAUGAUUUUUUUAAAUUAAUAAAACUGUGAAAAUGUUUGAUUAGUAGAUUUCAAAAUCUAGAUUUUAGUUUAUUUUUUUGUGUUUUUUGUGUAAACAGUGAAGAUUUAUUUUUCAGUGAGCAGAAAAACAGAGAGUUUAAGAACCUUUAAAUGUUAAAUAUCCAGAAAGUUGCAAUGAAAAUAAAAUGUUUGUAAAACAUUCCUGUUAAUAAUAAAGUAACAGCCAUAAAUGUAAAUGCUGCCACAGCAGGGAGACUUUCAAAAAACAAUUACUGAACUAAAGAAAAUCUAUAUUUACCCAUAAAUGUGUGAAUAGUUUCCUCGGGUCAGUUUUUAAUCUUCAUGUCUGUGAGUUUGUUUUCUUGCUGUGUUUAAACAUCUGUCUGCUGUGCUGCUCUGAGUCUGUGUGACAUCCUCUGCUUCCAUGAACAGAUUCCACACUUUGCUUGUCUUUUACUAAUAAACUGAUUCUGACACCA